AUGCCACCAGGUCCCGAGAUCCCGGUGCAGGUGUGGGUGGACGGCCAACUCUUCCAGGCCGAGCAGUCGCUGCUGGUGGAGCACUGCGGCUUCUUCCGUGGGCUUUUCCGCUCCGGCAUGCGGGAGGCGCGCGCGGCCGAGGUGCGUCUGGGUGCGCUGAGCGCCGCGGGCUUCGGCACGGCGCUGCGGGUGCUGCGCGGAGAGCGGCCGGCGCUGGCCGCAGACGACGAGCUGCUGCAGGCGGUGGAGUGCGCCGCGUUCCUGCAGGCGCCCGCGCUCGCGCGUUUCCUGGAGCACAGCGUCACGUCGGACAACUGCUCGCUGCUGUGCGACGCGGCCGCCGCCUUCGGCCUGCGCGACGUGCUCCACAGCGCUGCGCUCUUCAUCCGUGACGGUGCGCACGAGCUGGUGGCGGAAUUGGAGCUGCCCGAGGCCCGUGCCUACGUGGCAGCGCUGCGACCUAGCACCUACGUGGCCGUGAGCACGCACACGCCCGCGCCCGGCUUCCUGGAGGAUGCAUCGCGCACCAUGUGCUACCUGGACGAGGAGGAGGACGCGUGGCGCACGCUGGCCGCACUGCCCUUGGAGGCCAGCACGCUGCUGGCAGGCGUGGCCACUCUAGGCAACAAGCUGUACAUUGUGGGUGGUGUGUGCGGAGCCAGCAAGGAGGUAGUGGAGCUGAGCUUCUGUUACGACCCGGAAGGUGGCACCUGGUGUGAAUUCCCCAGCCCACACCAGCCGCGCUAUGAUUUGGCGCUGGCCGGCUUUGAAGGCCGCCUCUAUGCCAUUGGUGGUGAAUUCCAGAAGACGCCCAUGAGCUCCGUGGAGUGCUACGAUCCCGCCACAGACUGCUGGAGCUUCGUGGCGGACUUGCCGCAGCCAGCUACAGGGGUUCCCUGUGCCCACGCGCGUGGCCGCCUCUUCGUGUGCCUGUGGAGGCCGGCAGAUAUCACUGCCGUUGUUGAGUACGUGGUGCAGAUGGACAAGUGGCUGCCGGUGGCUGAACUGUGUCGUUCGCAGAGCUACGGCCACUUUAUGGUGGCCCAUCGCGACAGUCUCUAUGUGGUGCGUAAUGGACCUUCUGAUGAUUUCCUGCACUGUGCCAUCGAUUGCCUCAACCUGGUCACGGGCCAGUGGACAUCGCUACCUGGCCAGUUUGUCAACAGCAAGGGAGCACUCUUCACAUCCGUGGUGCGUGGGGACACCGUCUACACUGUCAACCGUGUAUCCACGUUGGUCUAUGCCAUUGAAGAUGGCACCUGGCGGCUGCUCAGAGAGAAGGCUGGAUUUCCUCGUCCUGGCUCCUUACAGACCUUUCUCCUGCGGCUGCCCCCUGGCACUACUGGGCCUGUGGCCACCGCGUUGCCAGAGCUGUGA